UAGAGCCUUUAAGAACACAUUUGCUCUUAGGGCAUACUGCUCAUCUGUGAAGCAUUGGUUGUUGGAGAAGCCGCUUUGAUGCGGAAAAAGCUCACAGCGCUGCGGAGUGCGCGCUGAUCUGUGGUGGUGCCGUCCCCUCAUUAAGACAAUUUCCGUCUAUUUGGUAAAUUAAAGUCACGUUAAACUCCAAGCCGAAUAACGGGAAAGUCAGGACAGGAGACAGGGGUUGGGUUUGGAGCGUGGCGGUUGUGGGGUGGGGGGUCCAGAUGUGAAUGAGCCGCAGCGCACCGCCACAAGAAGAAGCAGAGAGGAGGAGAGACACACGAGUCUGACUGUGGGGGCAGCGAGACGCACAGCACCAGCCUCGACUCCCGCGGCUGACAACGAGACGCACUUUUAUGGCACAUCCAGCGGGAUUUUACAGCACGUGUCGUGAUGUAUUUUGGUAGUGUGUGCCACAGCGCUCUGCCCCAGCUGCUGCGUCCCACCACGGGCAGGACCCAGGCCCCGGACCCCCUCAGACACCUCCUCCCCCUCCACCUGCUGCCAGCCUUUACCGACAUGGAGCCUGUGCACAAAGCCCUGGUGGGCCCCAGCUUGGCCCUGAGCUCGCCCCUGAAGAGGAGACACAGCUCGUGCGGCGUGUGUCGACUGAAGUUCAACUCAGAGGCACAGGCGUCUUCUCAUUACAGUGGCACCAGACAUGCAAAGCGGAUAAAAGCACUGGAUACCCCCGACUCUAAGAUUGGGACCUCUGAACCUGUCGCCAAGGAAACCGCAUCCCAAAUCUUGUCGUCGCCCUCCAGCUCCGACGCAGCAUCAGGAGAACCCACAUCCCCAGCCCCGUCCUCAGAUGCAGCCCCCUCCAGCUGCGGCUCCUCAGACAUAUUAACCUCUGACCCCACACCACCACCACCUUGUGCUGGAGCGAAGGACAAGGAAGCUCAGAGACAUGAAGAACUGGACGCAGCCCCAGAGGAUGAGACGGAGGAGGAGAAGGCCAUACGUCUCCUUUACUGCUCUCUGUGUAAAGUGGCCGUUAACUCUGCGUCCCAGCUUCAGGCUCACAACAGCGGCACAAAACACAAGACAAUGUUAGAGGCGAGGAGUGGUGACGGAGCGAUCAAGUCCUUCCCGAGGUCAGGGGUUAAGGCGAAGCUGGCAGCUGCAUCCACAGAACCUUCGACGGGACUGCAGAACAAAACGUUCCACUGUGAGAUCUGCGAUGUGCAUGUCAACUCAGAAACCCAGCUCAAACAGCACAUCAGCAGCAGGAGGCAUAAAGACAGGGCGGCGGGUAAACCAGGCAAACCCAAGUUCACCCCGUAUCCUCCCAACCACAGGAACCAGCAUAACUUUCAGACUAUUCAAUUGGCGCUGAGAAAGAACCAGGACUUGACCAAACCGUUGACGUCCUGCCUCCUCCAGCGGCAGAUCUCGGUUGCCGCUGCCAUGGCAACCACAAUGCACCCCUUCCCUCUUCGUCCCACUACAAACUCUACCCCUGCACUGUUCCAGACCCCGGCCCUCCCCCACCAGGCCAUCCUGCACCCCCCUCCGCCCCCUGGCUCCAUGUGCUCCACACACGGGCCGGUCCUGUUUGCUCCGUUCUGACGCAAGCCAUAUACCCCCCCGGCAUCUCUGCAACGGACUCUCCACCUGUAGUAGAGUGAACAUGUGUGGACCAAGAGUGGAGAGGCAGCAAGGACACCACGUGCAACAAGGACGCGGUUAGAUGAAAAAUAAAAUACACAGGUCUAGACAUCAUACGGAUUCUAUAUAUCAGUGAGACAGUAUACAAGAACGACAUUUAAACUAUGAAUUCCACAAAUCCCUAAAAUUUACUUGAAAUAAAAAGUAAACAAAAACAAAAAUGGUGCAAUAGACACAAAAAGCAAACAAAAUAUAAAUAAGAUUCAAGUUUUCUAGUCAACACUACAGUUUCAGUCAAUACUGUAAUGUUUUGUUUUUUCAAUAAUUUACUAAAAAAGAAUGUUAGCAACAUGAGGUUUGCUUUUUAAAAACAGUAAAAUUAUUAGAUUGGACUGGCUGUUUUCUGUGUUGGAACUACUAAAGUUUCUUUUGUUGCUCACAGUGAGUCAUGCUGCCACUUAAUGAAAAUGUAGACUAGAGUUCAGGUGGGCGUCUUAAAAAUAUUGUACAUUCAGCAUGUGUGAUUAUAAUUGAUUUCGUUAUGAAUAUAUUACCUGCUGUUUAGUUGGCCAUUUCUGAUUUCACAAAAGUGCGUAGGCUCAACUAAACUACAGCAAGUUCUUUUCGCUAAAGAUGAGCCAAGGUCACUGAAAUGCAGUCCAAAACAUAUUAGACUGCUCAAAUAAAAUCCAUAAAAGAGCUGCAGUUCUGUAAAGUGGGUCCCAGAGGUCUAUCAUUAAUAAGUAAAGUUUAAAUUCUGAUGAUGUCUUUGCCUGUGUAUUUUA